AUGAUCAGCGCACUGUUAGUCGGUUGCUUUACUCUCGUGUCUGUCACAAGCGUUCGGACUAUCAAUUUGAAUCAAUCCUUGAGAGAUAAUGCCUUCGAGAACAAAUCGUUUAACUCUCUUUCCAGUCGUCAGGGAAGGUUCUUCCCGUUAUUCAGCGUCGUGCGUUUCGCCAACUCCGAGUGCCUGUCGAGCAUCGAUCAACUUAAUGGCACGUGCUUCACGAGACGGGAGUGCGUUAAUUACGGAGGCAACCCGUCGGGACCGUGCGCUAACGGAUUGGGCACUUGUUGCGUGUUUCAAAAGUCUUGCGGCUCCACCACUAACAUGAACAACACGUACUUCGUAAGCCCGAGGUAUCCCAUCACUUAUCGAGGUGGAGAGCGAUGUACGAUCACGGUGCAGCGCUGUAAUUCCAACAUAUGUCAGGUAACGCGCACGUCGUGCGUUAAUCCGGUAAGUCCGCGACCUUGACGUCUUCCACGUUUGCAGUUGCGACUCGACUUUCUGGAGGCCACCUGGGCCCAGCCUAAUUCAACUGGAUUUUGCGAUUUGGACGUGUUUCUCGUAUCGGGAGGCUCGUCCAGGGUGCCGCGAAUAUGCGGGGAGAACAAUAAUCAGCACGUGUACGUUGACUUCAACGGAGCAACGCCAAUCACGAUAUCCGUCGACACCAACGCGGAUUACGCAUUCGAUCGACGCUGGAAUAUAAGGAUUCAGCAAAUAGCGUGUGAUUCUGUGUGCAGAGCGCCUAACGGAUGCUUACAAUACUACAAGACUGUCUCCGGCACCGUGAUGAGCUUCAACUUCGGCACGUCGGAAAACGUUCGAGGUACGAAAUCAGUCAAACGGCGAAAUAUUAAUGUGAACGGUCUAAAAAAUUGUUUUUCAGCUCCUCAGAUUGGAACGCGACAGAUGGUGAAUCACCGUUACGGCGUGUGCGUCAGGAUGGCUUUGGGUUACUGCAACAUCGAGUGGUCGCAAGUCGACAGAUUCUCCUUUUCCGUUUCCGGAGACACGGGAUCGUUCGAUUUGGACAUAAUAGGCACAAACUUGGUGGCAGAAUCCGGAGCUAGUUGCACCAACGAUUUCGUGAUCAUACCCGAUCCGCGGGAGGCCGGUGUUUCCGUCAAUACAGACAGAUUUUGCGGAAAUGGAUUUAUAACUAAAACUUCGGACUUGAAGCCGUUCAUACUUUACGUCGUUACGAACGGCGAUGAGAUGCAAGAGGCCCAAAAUAAAGGCUUCGCGCUCAUGUUUCGUCAGCUGCCGUGUGCAGUUUAACACCCUGCGUUACGCAUAUAUACAU